AUGCCGCGGCCUGCGGGAGCCGCAGCCUGCGGCGGCGCCGUCCGCAGCGGCGGUGCCCCGCGCUGCGGUGCCACCCGCACCUCCGCCUCCCCCUUUGCUUCCCCGCCACCGUUUAAAACAGCGUCCCAGCUCGGAAAUGCUGCCCGCUCAAUGCAGUUUCUCCGCCGCAGACAUGAUCUUGCAAAGCUUUGUGCUCUUGCAACUGUUGUGGAUGAUAUCUAUGACACUUAUGGAACUCUUGAGGAGAUUAAACUUUUCAAUGAAGUUGUUAAGAAGUGGGAUCCUUCUCUUCCAAAUAGUAUUCCUGAAAAUAUUAAAAUUGCAUAUAAGGCAUUUCGCAUGGCAGUAAAUAAGAGUGCACAAGCAACAAAGAAGACUCAAGGACGAGACAUGCUCCCUUAUUCACGCAAAGUUUGGGAACAUUAUCUCAAAGCCCUUACAAAAGAAGUGGAGUGGCUUGCUAAUGGGUACAUACCAAGUUUGGAAGAAUAUUUAGAAAAUGGUGCACCAAGUUCAGGAUAUCGUGUAACCAUGUUGCAACCUGCAUUAACAUUAGAUUCUCUUCUUCUAGAUAACAUCCUUCUAGAAAUGGAUUAUCCAUCAAGGUUUAAUGAACUUCUAUGUUUAUCCCUUAGAUUAAAAGGUGACACUAGAACCUUUAAGGCUGAGGCAAAUGGUGGAGAAUUAGUUUCAGGCAUAUCAUGUUAUAUAAAAGACCAUCCUAGAUCUAGUGAGGAAGAAGCAUUGGAUUACCUUAAAGAUUUGUUGCAAAAGAGACUCAAAGAAUUAGAUGAAGAGUAUUUGAAACCCAAUAAUGUUCCAACUAUAAGCAAGGACCAUGCUUAUAAUAUUGCAAGAAGUUACCAACUUCUUUAUAAAGAGAGAGAUGGCUUCACCAACUCUAAUAAAGAUAUAAAAGAUCUAGUCACUCAAAUCCUAUUAGAACCUGUGCCAAUGUAA